AUGGUGGCUCAAAUUUGCACAUUCCAAAGACCUCUGCAUCAAUUGUCUCAUCCAUGGCCAUACUGUUAUUUCCUGCCCCAAGGCAAGUUUUUCUCAAGUGACUGGAUCUAAGGGAGUUCAUUUGAGCUAUCUUCAUCCCUGUAA